AUGCCCUCCUCAAAGGAAUUGCACGCAACAACCUCCCCCUUCGAAGAUAAAUUCGGCUACUACCGUGCCGUCCGCCAUGGCUCCAGUAUCUUCGUCUCCGGAACUACAGCCGUCGAUCCAUACUCUCCACCUUCGGCACCUCAAAUCUUCUAUCCUGGAGAUGCGCGACAACAAACACGUGUGGCGCGGAAUGAGUGCAUCAAAGCCGUUCAAGCUCUGGGAGGCCAGGGAGCGGAGAGCGUCGUGCGGGUGAGGAUGUUUGUGGCGCAUCACGAGGACUGCGGACCCGUUGGUGAAGGGUUCAGGGAAGUACUAGGGAAGGAUAGCGGAGAGCAAGUUGGGACUGCGGCGACAAUGGUUGUUGUGGGUGGAUUUGUGGAUGAGGGGAUGUUGGUUGAGGUUGAGGUUGAUGCGGUUGCUGAGUAG